GUUUUGCUUAUAAGCAUCCAGGGAGGGGAAGCAAUCCCAAGAGCAAUAUGAUCUUUUAAAAGUCCUUUGAAUAUAGAUCUAGGCUUAAUUAGUCAUGCAGCAAAAGAAAAAAAAAUGAUGCAAACACCAACUAAAACACAGCCAAGCAAAUAUUCGUCAUAAGGAAAUGGUUAUCCAAGCUAUGUUAGGUUAGGUGACUACUUAAUCUUGCUCAGAUUACGUAAAAGCCGUGUUUUGACAAGCCCAUAAUAGCAAACCACUAGCCAGGGCCCGUCGCAUAUACAAUUAUAUGUCACUUCAAUAAGCCAGCCACAUGGUCAACUAGUUAGCCCAGCAGCUAAUCGUUGUAAGAAAACAUCUAGCUGAAGUCUCGGUGGGCUUCCACUUCUCACGGCUUCACCUCAUGGCGACAACAAGGCUAACUUUACCAGCUAACGAGCUAACACAGCUUCAAAAAGCUACCAGGAGAAAGCAGCAUUACCGGGUGUUCGUGCUGCUGUUUAUCUUCGUGAAAAGGCAAAUCAUGCGGUUUGCGAUGAGAUCCCGCCGUGGACCGCACGCACCUAUUGGCCACAAUGCACCGAAGGGUUUGAGGGAAAACAUCGACUCCAAGCUUUCUAAGGUCCAGGAGAUCUGCUUCGAACCUCGGCUCCUAUCAGAGGGGGAUGACCGACUCAGGAGGGGAUCGCAGAUGAGUUGCUACAACUAUAUGUACCGAAUGAAAGCCCUAGAUGCUAUUCGCGACUCAGGGAUUCCUGUUCAGGAGAUAAGUGGCACUCCAAGCGCAUUUACUGGCCGCAGCUUCAGGAACUGGCUGGUGGAGUUACGCAAUUCCCACUCUUUGAUCAAGAGCAGCCGCAGCGCGCUCAUCGAUCGCUUGCUUGAAGGCUAUGACAGCGCUCGUCACGGAACUGGGGUGUUUGGCGAGGGAGAGUUUCUGGAGUACCGACAAGCUCUCGAUGAACUGGUUGACGUAGUGAAGGCCUACUCCAGCAGCACCAGUUUGGACCAGCAGCACCAGUCUGCAGCUAAAGACCUAACGGGCUCCCCAGUUCGCGGCACUCCCUCCACCAUCCAGGUCACCUACCUGCCCUCCACGGGUCAGCGCAGCAAGAGGCCCAAACACUUUCUGGAGCUCAAAAGCUUCAAAGAUAACUACAACACACUGGAGAGCACGCUGUGAAACUAAGACGCUCAAAAGGAAAACCUGUGAUUGCGCGUUUCUAGGUUGCAUUUUAAAGUUCUCAACGAAAACUGGGACUAUACCAGGUAUCGCCUUUAUGUGCACACACUUCAGAAAUGUUUGCAAACUUUGGACCUAAUGGGUAUUUAGGCCCAACCGGCUAUAGAUUUCAUUUUAAAUUAUUUGACAUUUCUUUUCAAAAGCCCAAAUGUGAAUUUAAAUAUUAGUUUUUUAAAAAAAUUUGUUUGUACAGAUGUGAAAUAUUUAAUUUAUAACUUAUUGAUGCUGCUUGGUUUGUACUUAUCUGAGAUGUGUUUCUAUGUGAUUUAAAGAUGGAAAGGAAUAAAAGCAACCAUACAGCUAA